AUGUUUGGACACUCCAGAGCCAAAAGGAUCCCUCCUAUGGGGCGCAAAUUCACUCUCCCACAUUCACUAUCUGAGAAGGUAGAGGAGGCUGUGGAGACGGUACCAUCCAGGCACCUCCCACUUUCGUGCCCAUCUGGGGUGGAGGAGAAGGUCCAGGAAGAUCCCAGAAAAAAGAUGGAGGAUCUUGUAGAGACCAAAGGGCAGAAUGGUGGGAACAGGGUCCCCCAUAACGUUGGGGACAUACCAUUUAAAUGUCCCCUGGAGACCGGUGGACUUCUCAGUUCCUUGCAGUGCAGCCCUGCACCUUUGGACCUCCAUCCUAAUCCUCCAGAAGACGGUUUGAGGGAGAACACCCAGAAGUCUCUGAUGAACUGCUGCCCUGAAGGCCACAUAGUCACUUCCUCACAUGGCCCAGCCGGGAGUGUCGUGCCUGAUACAGAUGCAGCAGUGCUCUCCGACCCAACCCCGUGCUGCCCCUUACUGCAGGAGACAUCAACAAAGGAAGUGUUGGGUGAAAACCAUCAGCCUGUUGGGGACACAUCAUACCUAUCCAGGAAGGAGAUACAGGCUAAUGAGCCUUCAGGCAUCUCAUCAAGGAGCUCUUUUUCCCCUGUAUCUGCCAGCAGAAUCAUCUCUCAGCCCACAACUGGGCAUCAUAAUGGGCAGCAGCCUGACAAUUCUCACCUGUUAGGAACACCAGUAGCCUCAACACCAGCUAUGGACCCAACUGCUCUUGUAGCCCAGCUACCCAGAGACAACACAGUGAAGGCAGAAAGAAAACUUGCCCCACAUGACCGAGACACCAGCAUGGAGAAGAAACAAGUGUCAGGACACAUGCGAGGCUCCCCCUUAAGUCUGAGCAGCAGGGGGCCGCCAUCAAAAAUCCAGGUGAUGGAGUAG